GCAGCAUCCGCCGGUUCACGCUGUGCGCCUCGAACACGCAGCAACAUGUCUAUGAUCACAGCGACAACGUGGGUGCCACGCGGCUUCGCGGCGCCCUUCCCGGAAAAGUACCAGUUCGACGAGGACGAGUACGAGCGCAUAUCCCAGCUGGCCAAGCUCCAGCUUGACGACGCGAAAGAGGACCUCGAGGAAGCGCAAGCGGAGAAGGAGGACAAGCACAACGGAAAAUCCAAGUCGAAGAACCGCGACGACGACGAUGACGACCUUAAAGAAUACGACCUCGAGCACUACGACGACGAGGUGGACGAGGCUGCUGGCGACACCAUGGCCAUGUUCGGCAAUGCGAACAACCUCGUGUUCCACGAGAACGACGAAGACGACCCGUACAUCACCAUGCAGGGCAACGACGAGGAGGACGACGAGGAGAGGGAAGAGCUCCAGAUUCUCGCAACCGACAACCUGGUCCUGGCUGGCCGCAUAGAGGACGAGGUCGCGCAUUUGGAAGUCUACGUCUACGAGGAUGAGGACGACAACCUCUACGUGCACCACGACAUCAUGCUACCCGCCAUUCCGCUGGCUGUCGAGUGGCUAGAUCUGCCAGUGGGCAAGUCUGCCGCGUCGAGCACUGGCAGAGGAAACACGGUUGCGAUUGGCACCAUGGACCCUGACAUCGAGCUCUGGAACUUGGACGUGGUCGACAGCAUGUACCCCGACGCCGUGCUCGGCCAGGGCUCAGAAGAUGCAAGCGCAGACAAACCCAAGAAGAAGAAGAAGAAGUCGAAGAAGGUCAACGACAACUUCCACGUCGACUCGGUCCUCUCCCUCGCAGCGAAUCGUCAGCACAGGAACCUGCUCGCAUCGUCGUCCGCCGACAAGACGGUCAAGCUGUGGGACCUGAACACAACCAAGUGCGCCAAGUCGUACACCUACCACACAGACAAGGUGUCCUCGGUCGCGUGGCAUCCUAUCGAAUCUACCGUGCUGCUCAGCGGCAGUUACGAUCGCACAGUGGUCGCAGCCGACAUGCGAACUCCCGAGGCAAAGGCACCGCGAUGGGGCGUCGAGAGUGACGUCGAGGCGGUCAGGUGGAACCCUCACGACCCCAACUACUUCUACAUCUCGACCGAGAGCGGCAUGAUCCACUACCACGACACGCGCAUGGCACCCGCAGACCCAUCGCAGUCGAAGCCUGCCUGGGUGCUCCAAGCCCACGACGAGUCCAUCUCCUCGUUCGACAUCAACCCCAUCAUCCCCGGCUUCCUGGUGACCGGAUCGACAGACAAGCAGAUCAAGCUGUGGAACGUGCAGGAGAACGGACCCAGCAUGGUGGUAUCGCGAGACCUGGGCGUCGGCAGAGUGUUCUCGACGUCGUUCGCCCCAGACAAGGAGGUCGGGUUCCGCCUGGCUGUUGCGGGCAGCAAAGGAUCUGUCCAAAUCUGGGACACCAGCACCAACGCAGCGGUUCGUGCGGCGUUCGCUAGCAAGGUGCCGCAGAUGAAGCCUGGCGCAAAGGAGAGGCUCGUUGGCUUGGAGGAGUCGGACACAGACUCAGAUACAGACGAGGGCGAGAGCAACGAUGGAGACGAGGGCGAGCAGGAAAAGGGCUGGGAGUCGAUGGAGGAGUAGAUACCCACGAACUCGUUAUAGAUCAACACCAUGACACACAGAUCAACGCAUCUGUUAUCUCACGACAUGCUCCUUUGCUGCUGCUGGCACAACUC